AUGGGAACCCGCUUCCCGCUCCUCCUCCUGCUGCUGCUCGCCAGCGUCCCCGCCUCCCGCUCGCGGGGCUGCAGCGGGGCGCCCCGGCCGGCGGGCGAGGCGCGGCCUGGGGGUGCCCCGGAAGCGGGGCCCGGGGACCCCCGGAGCGGCAGCCGGCGGCUGAAGAUCGGCCUGAUCUGCGCGCUGGGGGCGCUGGUGAUGGUGAGCAACGGGGCGGUGCUGGCGGUGCUCGCCUCGGCCGUGGCGGGCUGGCGCCGCAGCAGCCGCCUCACGCUGCUCUCGCUGGCGGCCGCCGACGCGGCGCUGGCGCUGCUGGUGGUGCCGCUCAACCUGUACGGCAGCCUGGCGCGCGGGGCCCCGCCCGAGCCCUACUGCCGCGCCGCGGCCUUCCUCAACGCCAGCGUCUUCGGCGCCGCGCUCUACUCGCUGGCCGGCGUCUCGCUCGAGCGCUACGUCGCCGUCUUCUUCCCGCUCCGCCACGCGCGCCUGCUGGGCCGGCGCCGCCUCGCGCUGCUGCUGGCGGCCGCCUGGCUGGGCCCCGCCCUGCUGCUGCUGCCCGUCGCCCUGCCCGGCCGCGCCGCCGUCCUGCGCGUGCGCUUCUCGGCCGCCGCGCUGCUCUGCGAGCCGGACUACGGCUCCAACGCCGCCUACGCCGGCCUGCUGGCCGCCGCCAUCUUCUGUCCCGCCGCGGCCACCGUCACCUUCGCCAACCUGCGCCUCUGGCAGGCGGCGCGCGCCCAGCGCCGGCGCGGCGACGGGGCGGGGCCGCCCGGCCAAGGGGCGGGGCUGAGGCGGCUCCGCCUGCUGCAGCUGGACGCCGCCUCCCGGGUCCUAGUGCCCGUCGUCGUCGCCUUCUACGUGUGCUGGGCGCCCUGCAUGGCCACCAUCCUGUACAACGCAAUCACGAAGGACCGAGUUCACGAGUGGCUGGAGUUUGUGGCCCUGUGGCUGCCUAGCGGCAGUGGCUUCCUCAACUGCUUUGUCUACUUCUGGACCAACAGGAACUUCAGGCACAAGUUCCAGAAGAUCGGGCACAAGCUCUGGGGGCCCUGCAGCCGAGCCAAGUGGGAGCAGGACGUGCACAGGAUGGUCACCAUCAGUGCAGCGGUGGAGAGGAGCAGCAGCCAGCCUGCUCUCCCCCUGGACCGCUCCUGCAGUGGGUCGUCCACCAGCACCUUACUGCCCAGAGAAGCACAAACUAGCCUAUAAGCUACUUGGACACUUUCUGUCAGCUGCAGUGUCUACAAAAGGCCGUUGCUGUGCUGGGUUCUAUACAGCGCGUCAGGCUCUUUGUGGUCUGCAAGACGUGCGACCGCCUGGCUUUGUCAAGAGCCUGGACGCUGCUGCCUCCUGCGGGGGCUGGGGCUGCUCUGGCUGUGGGGAAGGAAAUUGUCAAACCUCACCAGAGGAGGCCAAGCGUCUUUCCGUGAGCUUCACCGAAUGGUGUCAGUGGAGAAAUAUACAAAGAGUGUUUGGGUUAAGGAGCCCUUCCUGGGAAGGGGUUUUGUGUGGGAAACUGGUCACAGCAUGGACGUGAGCUUCUGCUAUGAAAGAAACAGGACAUU